GUCGACUUUGACACAUGAUGACAAAUUUUUCCUCUGUUUCUAUAUCAGCCAACAUCUAUACAAACACCAAAAAUAAAUUAACUUUGACACAUUGUCAGAUUUGUUCUCUAUUUAUAUGCAAAAAUCUACACAUUUUCUCAUCAAAUUUAAACGCUUUAAGAUGAACAGCUCUGACGAGGAUUUUCUGUUAUUUUUUUUUGUUAUGUAAUUUUUUGAUAAAUGCAUAGGUUCCCUUCAAGUUAAUUAAAAAUAAUUAAACAAAUUAUCGUUUUUUUUUUUAAUUUUUGUUAUUACCUACCUGAUAUGAAGCUCGAAGGAAAAAUUUUGUUCCUAACACGUGCGCAAAGUGUCUUUUCCGCACGCAAACACGUAUCCGAACUCCGCUUCGCGUCGUUCGUAUAACUGUGUUUGCGUGCGGAAAAGUAACACUUUGCGCACUUGUUAGGAAAAUAAUUUUUUUCAGCGGAAAUGCAGCAUUUUAAUUUUCUGGGAAACUUUAGAAAGGCGGAAGUCAUUACUAACUUGAAACAUAUUCUUGGAAAGCUGAAAUUUUCAGUGAACCUUAUGAUUUGGAUAUCUAAAAACUUUAAAAAAUCAUAACUUUUUUUCUAUUAGAGACAGAAAGCUGAAAACUUCAGCGAUACUUAUCCUAGUAAAGGACUACAAUCCCUGAAAGUUUCAACUCAUUUGGACUUAUAGUUCCUGAGAUAAAAUCGUGUUAAGCAUGUUGGGGUGGUUUAUCAAUUUUUCUGAAUGCCUUUUUUCAUAGAUUUCGGCUUCAAAUUUGAGAAUAAUUUACUGUAUGGAGUUUGGGGGAUCCCAAAUGACCAUUGGGACACAAAAUCUCAACAAAAAAAAAAAAAUUGAAAUUUCAUCGUUUUAGUAAGAAGGUAGAUGAUCUAGAUUUUAGAAAACUUGAAAGGUCAUAACUUUUUUUCUAUUAUAGAUAGAAAGCUGAAAUUUUCACUGAAUCUUAUCUUAAUAAGGGAACUAACUACAAUCCCUGGAAAUUUCAACUCAUUUUCACUUAUAGUUCCUGAGAUAAAAACGUGUUAAGCAAUUUGGGGUGAUUUAUCAAUUUUUCAAUUUUUCUGAGUGCAUUUUUUCAUAGAUUUCGGCUUCAAAUCUCAAAAAAAUUCAAUGUAUGGAGUUUGGGGGUUUAGUCAACUAGAACUAAACUUUUUCAAUAUUUCCAUUAGUUCACCACAAAUCAUAUUGAGGUUACCUGAAUUUCGUAAAAAGUCUAAUUUUAAUUCACCUUGUGACUUAAACUACGUAGGUAUAUUUAUAGCAACGAAUAAAGUGUAGUAUUUAAUUUUAUACUAAAGUGCUGAAGUUCAAGAGUUUAAUCUAAUUAUUCAAGUAAGUACCUAUAUUUUAGCAACUACCUAUGUAAUAAAUUAUUAAAGAUGUAUGCAAAUACAUUUCAAUUUUAUAAAACUGCAACACUGUUUUUUUUUUUAUUUGAUAAUUUCCCACAUUUAUUAAUAUUACUAUAAAAUAAAAGUACUUAAAAAAAUCUCAAGUACCUACCUACCAAUCAAAUUCUUGAAUAUGUAUUACUCUCAAAUUACAAAAGAUUAGAUUUUAUUAUUUUUGACUAUAUUUCUAGGCGUAUCUACUGAUAGUUUCUAAAAGCCAAAUGUAAUAAAUCUGUAGCUUAUUUUUUUAUUUUAUUUUUAUAAAUGUGUAAUUUUAGGAAGAUCCCCACAAUAUUUGCUUUAAUUAUUUUAAUCAACAUCUGCAAUGGUGAAGUCGAGAUUUGUCUCAAACUCAAAUCGGGAUAUAGUUCUACACAAACUGGAAAUAUUGAAGAAAUAUCUACAUUACUCGAAAAAUCUGGCAAAGAAAUUAAAGAUGCACUGGAUGCAACUGGACUUGUCAGUGCCCAAACAACACACUUUGAUUUUUUUCACCUCAAUAUGUCCCAUGCAGCUAUAACAAUUGGAGGUGAUUUUACCAAUGGGAAUGUCACCCAAGAAGAGCCAGAUACAAGGCUUUUCACUUUAGUGAGCGACGGUUUUGAAAUAUUCAACUUAACUAUUCCCACUAUUUACAUUAAUGGCAGUUAUACUUUGGCAGGAUACAUUGGAGCUCAUAGACUUUUUGAUAUAUACGGUACAGGCGAUUUUUAUCUCAACAUGACCAAAUUUUCAGUAGCUGCUGUGACUAGUCUCACAAAGAACUCUACACAUUUAUGUAUGCCAAUUACAGUAAAACUUUAUGUAGCUGGUUGCAAGAGUAACUUUGGAGAAUUAAUGGGUGGAGAUCCGCUUUUGGAACCUUUAAUAAAUGGUGAUAUCGAAGCUAUAGUUCCAGAAGCUAUAACGAUAAUGUAUAGGGAAGAUGCUGAUUGGGCUGAUCCUUUUAUACAGAAUGUAAUUAACCAAAUUCUGAGCAGUAAUUCCAAUUCGCUGCCUUAUCUACUCUAUUUAUUAUCCAAUAACAAAGAUAACUUGGCUUCAUUGCUCAAUUCAAGCAGAUAAGUGUACAAAUUUACUUUAUAUUAGGUAUCCUAUGCAUAUUUCAAUAAAUUAAUAUUUUUGA